GCCUACCAGGGACACAGUCUAAUGUUUACUGCUGCCAGCCUACCAGGGACACAGUCUAAUGUUUACUGCUGCCAGCCUACCAGGGAUAAAGUCUAACGUUUUGGGACCUUAAACUCAGCUGGACUCCGACCUGAAGGCUGUUUUUAUUCCCCUUUUGUUUGCAGACGGACGCCAUGCAUCGCUGCCUGGGAUUCUUCCUGCUGCUCUUCUGCGGGACGCUGCAGAUGGGCUCUGGACUCAGCUGCUAUAAGUGCGCUGAUUACACGGGACAGUGUGAGAACGUGCAGGAGUGCACGUCUGAAGACUCGUGUAUCUCUCUGAGUGACAAAGGAGGGAAGACCAUCCGUCAGUGUAUCCGCUACACAUACUGCAGUAACUCUCGUCUCAGCCAGCUGUUCCCGGACAUCUCCAACUUCAAUUACCGCUGCUGCAACAGCAACCUCUGCAACUCCGGCAACGCCGUCGCCACGGCAACGCCGGCCCUGGCCCUGGCCCUGGCGGCGUCCGUGCUGAGCGUGUGGUGGAGCUGGAUCUGAAAUAAUAACUCCACGUUUCAAUACUUUUGAGUUUUGAUUUUGAUUGAGCGGCCUGAAGUUGUAUAAAGUUAACCUGAACUAAACCGAGUGUUGACACUUUAAGGUUCUCAGCCCAUUUCAUUUGUAAACUUUUUACCAGUUUAACAAUAAACACGAAAACUAAUGGA